AUAGCCUAAAAAGCCGAACUCCGUGCUCACAGCAUCGAGUACGAAGCAGAGGAAAGCAUUGCAAUAUAUAGAAAGCCAAAAGCAAACGAAGAAGACAGUUGCCAUGAUCGCCGGCAAGGUGAAGGCCGCCAUGGGGUUCCACCGCAGCCCCGCCACGCCCAAGGCCGAGGCUACUCGCCGGUCCUCCUCAACCUCUACAUCCCAUAAGCUCUCUCCCGGGACCGCCGGGCACCAGGCACCGCCGACUCCGCUUCCGUCCCUCAACCCCAAAACUGCCGCCGCAUUCGCUCGCUCCUUCGGCGUUUACUUCCCACGCACCUCUGCUCAAGUGCAGCCCCGUCCGCCUGAGGUCGCCGAUUUGCUACGCCUCGUGGAGGAGCUCCACGAGAGGGAGUCGCGCCUCCGCACCCAGAUCCUGGAGCAGAAGCUACUCCAGGAGACCGUCGCUAUCGUCCCCUUCCUCGAGAAGGAGAUAGCGGACAAGGCGGACGAGCUCGCUCGGGCUCGCGACCGGAUCGAGCGUCUAGAGGAGAAGAAUUGCACGCUGCGCGACGAGAUCGCGGGCUUAAGUUCUAAGCUGCGUAGCAGCGAAGAGGAGAACCAACAUAGGGAGAAGAAGAUUUCGGACCUAGAGGCCGAGUUGGACAAGCUGAGGAAGGUGACUUUGGAGCAAAGCAAUCGCGAGUCACAGGCUUUGGUGGGAGGAGCGAUCGACGAGCGCUCGUCAUCUCAGCAGUUUCAAGGGCUUAUCGACGCCUCCGCGAGGUCGAAUCUCCUCAGGAACUUGCGAAAAGCUUCCAAAUGCGCUGACAUUGUCGGUCCAAGUCACGACGACCAAAAAUGCGAGAGCAGAACUGAGAAGGCGGAUGAAGCGGAAACCAAAGGGGCGCAUCGGCAACCUCACAGCCUUGAGAAAGAAGACGUCUUGAAGCCUCGAGUUGCUAGAGUUCCAAAACCACCUCCUACGCGUAACAUCUCCGCCUCGAAGACAUCUUCUUCGUCUUUCCUCUCGGAGACCAUAUCUGGUGUGGCGAUAAGCAAAACCCUCAAAUUAGCGGAACUCCUCCCGCCGAUUCCACCACCUGCGGGUCCCACUCGUAAUGACGGAGACCGACCACCUCCACCUCCACCUCCACCUCCGCUGCCGUCAAAGGGGUCCAGGUCGACAUCGGGAUGCGUGAGGCGAGUGCCGGAGGUGGUGGAAUUCUACCAUUCCCUGAUGCGGCGAGAUUCUAAGAAGGAGUCGAGCUGCGGAGGCCCUGAAGUAGCCCCCAUUUCCGUCGCUUCCAAUACACGCAACAUGAUCGGCGAAAUAGAAAACCGUUCUGCCCACCUUCUCGCUAUAAAGACAGACGUAGAGACGCAAGGCGACUUCAUUAGGUUCUUAAUUAAAGAAGUUGAUCACGCGGUCUUCACCGACAUCGAAGACGUCGUCGCCUUCGUCAAAUGGCUCGACGACGAGCUCUCCUUCCUUGUGGACGAGAGAGCGGUGCUGAAGCACUUCGAGUGGCCUGAGCACAAGGCGGACGCAAUGCGCGAAGCGGCCUUCGGCUACUGCGACCUCAAGAAGUUAGAGUCCGAGGCGUCGUCUUUUUGCGACGACACUCGGCAGCCCUGUGUUUCCUCUCUUAAGAAGAUGCAGGCGCUGCUGGAAAAGUUGGAGCAAGGCGUUUACAACCUAUCACGUGUUCGAGAGAAUGCCGCAGAGCGAUACAAGACGUUUGGUAUUCCUUGGGAAUGGAUGCAGGACUGCGGAUGCGUUUCCCAGAUCAAGUUAGCAUCAGUGAAGUUGGCAAUGAAAUACAUGAAGAGAGUUUCCACUGAGCUGGAGGUUAUCGGAGGUAGCUCCGAAGAAGAAGAGCUCAUGCUUCAGUGUGUUCGAUUUGCCUUCAGAGUACACCAGUUUGCUGGAGGUUUUGAUGCUGAGACAAUGAGAGCAUUUCAAGAGCUCAAGGACAAAGCUAACACCCUACAUCUACAACGGCUGAAUCGCAACCAGCCCAAGGUCUACUGCAGGUUCACAUCUUGCCAAGGUUCACAACCAAGCAACCACUUGUGUAAAGUAGACUAAAUCCAUUUGAUUGAUACCUUAACCAUUCUAUAGACAUUACUGGAAACCUUAUACCACAAUAGUGAAGCUCUAAUUAUUUCAGACUA